AAUUCCGUAACCCUGAGGCUGAGGCGUGGAAGAAAGGGUAGAAGCGAUCUGAUCAGAGAAGAUGGAAUUUGAAGGAUCAUCGAAGAAGAUGAUAGCGACGCAGGAGGAGAUGGUGGAGGCUAGGGUUCCCCUGGCUUACAGAGACCAGUGCGCACACCUCCUCAUCCCUCUCAACAAGUGCCGCCAGGCUGAGCUCUACCUUCCCUGGAAGUGCGAGGACGAGCGCCACUCCUACGAGAAGUGCCAGUACGAGCUUGUCAUGGAGAGGAUGCUUCAGAUGCAGAAGAUUCGCGAACAGCACCGCAAUUCCAACUCCAAACAGCCCCUUAUUCUCAUUCCCAAACCCGCCAAUGCCUGAUUCCUCAUUCCUCAUUCCUCAUCCCUCAUUCCUUCCAACACUGAACCUUUGCUUGGGACAGAUGCUAUUUCAUGUUUUGCUAUUGUAUGGGGUCAAAGUUACCUUGGAAUGUUUGUUCAAAGACUUCUUCAGACUUUUAUGCUUUAUUUAUGGCUAUUUCCGCUGUCAUGGACCCAUGUUGCCCCUUGGAUGAAAUAAAUUUUCUUGUUAACAUUUCAUAAAGGGAAAAUAUUAACUGAUUGGUUUCAUAUGCAUCUUGU